UUCUGCUCCCUUUUUUCACUCCCCGUUCUGUUGGAGGCACAUCGAUAAUCUACUCCACUCAUCUUCUUUGCUUUGUUUUUUUUAUCGAUUACCACACCAGUGUUUUAAUGUCACGUCAAGAAAGACGCUUACCAAAAUGGAGAUAUCACAUCAACUCCGUUGGGACCAAGUCCUGAUUUUGGCAGCGACACUUAUGUCACCUGCAAUCACUGUGUUGUGUAAUGACAUCCUGGGUCUGAAGGUGGCAGGAGAUCCGGUUCUGACCCCUAACUCUGUCUGCCUGCGGCUGGCGGGCCUGAGCAAGCGUCAGAUUCGUCUGUGUGUGCAAAGCCCCGACGUGACGGCCUCUGCACUGCAGGGCAUCCAGGUGGCCAUCCACGAGUGCCAGCACCAGCUCAGAGACCAGCGGUGGAACUGUUCUGCUCUGGAGAGCCACAGCAAGCUGCCCCACCAGAGUGCCAUCCUCAACAGAGGCUUCAGGGAGAGUGCCUUCUCUCUGUCCCUGCUGGCAGCGGGCGUGGCCCACUCCGUGGCCUCCGCCUGCAGCCUGGGCAAGCUCCGGGGCUGUGGCUGCGAGGCCAAGCGUCGCCUGGACGAGGAUAAGAUUCGCCUCAAACUCACCCAGCUGCAGCUGCAGACCCUCCAGAGGGGAGGAGCCAGAGUGGGCAUGGGAGUGGGUGGUGGAGGAGGGGCACACCCCCAGGAGAUCAGAGAUGUGCCAGCCAGCCUGCAUUCUGGUUCUACCCACCCCUCCUCCCUCCUCAAGCCCCUACCAGAGGACCUCAGCCCCCUGCAGGAGACCUGGGAGUGGGGGGGCUGUAGCCAUGACGCCCGCUUCGGGGAGAGAUUCUCCAGGGAUUGGUUGGACUCCCGGGGCUCCCCACGGGAUAUCCACGCCCGCAUGAGGAUCCACAACAACAGGGUUGGCCGGCAGCUAGUGACUGACAACAUGAAGAGGAAGUGUACAUGCCACGGCACGUCAGGCAGCUGCCAGUUCAAGACCUGCUGGUACGUGUCCCCAGAGUUCAGACUGCUGGGGUCUCUGCUCAGGGACAAGUUCCUCUCCGCCAUCUUCAUUAACUCCCAGAACAAGAACAACGGGGUCUUCAACCCCCGGGUCGCAGCUGGGAAUGGUGCCUCGAAUGGGGUCAGGAACGGUGCCGAAGGGCCUACUGGGUCUGGGGGCGCGGGGAGCCCAAACAAUGGGGGACGGCGGAGGAGCGGUGUGUCACGUGAGCUGGUCUACUUUGAGAAGUCGCCAGACUUCUGUGACCGGGAGACGUCCCUGGACUCUCUGGGUACUCGGGGCCGGAUCUGCAACAAGACCAGCCACAGCAUGGACAGCUGCGGGUCCCUGUGCUGCGGAAGGGGACAUAACAUCCUGAAGCAGACACGUAGUGAGAGGUGCCACUGCCGCUUCCACUGGUGCUGCUACGUGCUCUGCGAGGAGUGCCGAGUCACAGAGUGGGUCAACGUCUGCAAGUAGAUAGGUACAUGACCUGCCAAGGCUCCUGAAAGGAACCACCCAAUAGGACGCAGCGUGGCACUAGGAUCCACCCAUUGACUCCCCAGUGUACUACUACGCGCCAACCCACCCAAGCAAACCUUUCCUUUGGUAUAUGGGUAGACGAUCCACUUCAUCUACUAAGGCCUGACACUUAGUUACUUACUGGUAAUCCUCUUCAUGCAUUGGGACGCAUGGGCCUCCGCAAGAUAGUCCGACUGUUUCCAGUCAGCAGGUUACUUGGUUAGUGUUCCUAACCAUGCCCUUCUUAACAGUCCUUCUCCAGGUUGCUCCUGGACAUAUCCAGGACACAGGAUGGCAAAAUGAAAAUCCACCCUUUAGCUUUGUCCAAUAUACACACAUCCACCCAACCAAACCUUUCAUUUCAGACUCGGUGUUUGUUUUUCUAUUUGCGUCGGCUAAAGUCUCCCACAGAAUCUGUUUAUCCCCCACUUCUCUCUCCUUUUUCUUUUUCCGUCAUCUGGGAUCUAUUUUCCCUUUGUUGCCUGUCAAAAUGCCAAGUCAGAGGUUGAAGACGAGGUGACUCAUGUCAUUUGUCUGUCUUUCCUCUGCCUGUUUAGAUGCAGCCCUUUCAGCCAUGGAAAUCUGAAUGUCCUGGACCCCAUCUGGUGUUCUGUUCUGUUCUCCCCUGCUCUCUACUCGGGAACAAAGAACAUCUCAGACAGCAGAAACACAUUAUUAUUUCAACUAAGUAAUGCCCAGGCUAGUAUCACAGUGUACCGUUUUUUGUUUACAUGAAAAAAAAUGUAUAUUAAUGUUUGUGUGUGAACUUAUGUUGCCUUCCUUGCUUGGCAUAUGCUGUGUGGGACCAUUUUAUGAGAGGAACAUAUGAGGCCCAAUGACUGAAUGUUGCUCUGCUCAGGAUGGUGAAGUUGAACUGAAGCUGUUAUAAUCGACAAAGCCUGAACCCAACAGUGUGACGCUGGAAAACGGAGUUCUGAUAUGGAGUGUGGUAAUGAACUCCAGAGGAUCAUUAUACUCAUUGGAUAUUUUGCACCUACGCCUCAAGACCACAGGGUUUCAAUUCUUUAGCGCCGGUUCUCCAUGACAAGAACCAGGAUGAACUAACGAAACAGCACUAAAGAGAACCAGGCGCGAAGGUUCCUCAACGUGUUCCCAUUACCAAUGGAAACAGAACUGGAGUGACUGGGAAUCUAGUGGGGACGGUUUGCUCUGCCCAUUGGUUUUCUUGGAUCGACUGGAGGAGAAAAUCAGUGUUUCAAUCUUCUUUGAAGCAAUUGACCAUUGAUUUGGUGGAAUGCUCUCGGUCCGUCUCCAAACUGAACUGCAGGUCAUUGAGGCAAUGCCUUAGAAUUGUAACCGUCAUUACCACAAACUGUAUUAUUGCUGUUUCUUUUGUUUUUGUGAUGUUGUUUUGUGAAUCAAUAGAAUUAUUA